UUUGCUUAUAAGUCACAUUACCACUGUGAGAUACAUUUGAGGAGUUUUAAAUGCUUAGGAAAGCAGAUGUUUAGCUCCCAACAGCUUCUCUUCAGACAUCCUCUUUCACCUUUCUGCCUUUCUCUAGCUGACACCUGUGAGACUGAAAUGAAAACUUUUGCUCUCUUUCAAAUGCACGUUACUUCACAUGGAGUACUGAGACUCAUUAAGUACUUUGGCAGGUUUCCAGACUCCCUUUCUUUCUCUGUUACUUAGCAACAAACAGAACUUUUGGGAGGACUAUUGGUUUUUUGGGCCUGGUUUUGUUGGUUUUUUUUUUUUUUAAGGAGUUUCUGCACGACUGUCUACCAUUCUCUAGAUCUACCACAUUGCCUGUUUCUCAUCUAGAGCCCCUUCUUGGAUGAAUAAAGAGUAAAUAUUGUUUGGUUACACUACUCUUUGUAUAUGCCUUUCAUAGCUUUGCAAUUCAAACAACAUUCAUACAUACAUACCCAGAGGCACACACACAUGGUCCAAACAUCUUCAUUGUUGUUUGUGUUGUUUUAUUCAUCCUUCAGGUCUCCUGUAAUGGCUGGAGGUCUGUUUGCUGUUAACCAGAAAUGGUUUUGGGAGCUGGGAGGCUAUGACCCAGGCUUAGAAAUAUGGGGAGGAGAGCAGUAUGAAAUCUCCUUUAAGGUGUGGAUGUGUGGAGGUGGCAUGUAUGAUGUUCCAUGCUCUCGAGUUGGGCAUAUCUACAGAAAGUAUGUCCCGUAUAAAGUCCCUUCCGGAACCAGCUUGGCACAGAACCUGAAGCGAGUGGCCGAGACAUGGAUGGAUGAGUUUGCAGAGUACAUUUACCAGCGGCGGCCUGAGUACAGACAUCUCUCGACUGGUGACAUCUCUGCCCAGAGGGAGCUGCGCAGGCACCUUAAGUGUAAAGAUUUCAAGUGGUUCAUGGCUGCAGUGGCUUGGGAUGUCCCCAAAUACUACCCUCCUGUGGAGCCUCCACCUGCUGCCUGGGGGGAGAUUCGAAAUGUGGCAGCAAACCUCUGUGUGGACAGCAAACACGGAGCCACGGGGACUGAGCUGAGGCUGGACAUCUGUGUGAAGGAUGGCUCAGAACGAACAUGGUCACAUGAACAGCUCUUCACCUUUGGUUGGAGAGAAGACAUCCGCCCCGGGGAGCCACUUCACACCAGGAAGUUCUGCUUCGACACCAUCUCGCACAGUAGCCCUGUCACACUGUAUGACUGUCACGGGAUGAAGGGAAACCAGCACUGGAGCUAUAGGAAGGACAAAACUUUGUUCCAUCCGGUAAGCAGCAGCUGCAUAGAUUGCAACCCAGCUGAGAAGAUUUUCAUGAACAGAUGUGAUCCUUUAUCUGAAACUCAACAGUGGAUUUUUGAACAUAUUAAUAUAACUGUUUUAGAAAAAAUUAACAGCAAGGCCAGUUCCUAGAAGGAAAAAAAAAAAAGAAAAAAUGAACACAUAUUUACGUAUAGACUGCAGACUACAAUUUUGCCAGCAUCUGGGUCAAAGGAGUCAGGAAUUAAAUUUCCUAGAUCCAGGAAAUGUGUUCUGAGGAUUAAGAAAAUGCCACAGCAAGAGCCAGCAGGCUGUCCUUGUGGAUAUACAGUAUCUGGAAAACUUGGCCAAGAGCCUCACCGGGUGCUGCUGAGAACUUCAGGCUGAAAAUUCCCUUGCUGGCCAAGGGAAAAACUUUGUUUAAAAACUGUUUAAAAGUACUCCAAAUUAAUAAAGUAAAAAAAAAAUCUAUAGUUUCUCAGGUCAAAUCCUGCUGUAGUGAGUAGCUCAGAACAGACGCUAUGAUUUGGGAUGGGUUUAUGGUGUGCAUGACACCUGCAGGAACCUGAAGAAAUCCCAGGUUUUAGAAUUAAACAUGCUGGUAGAAGAAUAAUGA